AGAGAAGUAGUCUUAACUUCUCAGUCCUCCAAGUGAGCUUAGCCAGUAGUGACCAUCAAAGUAGUGCCAACUGCGUGCCCCACUAACCAUCUCAAUCACAGACAUACACAGUCCCUCUAGGCAGUAACUGUGUUUGUGUUUAGCUUCAUUUGUUGUAAUAUCUUGACGUGGGAACCUAAUCAAUAAAUAUUGAACCAAUUUCUUCACAUUCAAAACGCAACCUCCCUCUAUAUAAACCGUAUCUCUCUAUACUACAAGAAGCAGCAACAACACUACGCAUCUGGCUCAACAUGGCUGACAAAAUCAACGCACUCCCAUUUCUAUUAUUUCUUCUUUGCUUAUCCAAUCACACUGUAGAAUCUCGGGCACCUUUCGCUUGCGACGCAAAAAAUGGGCUAACAAGAAGCUUGAAGUUCUGUAGGGUUAAUGUGCCAUUACACGUGAGAGUGAGGGAUUUGAUUGGGAGGCUGACAUUGCAAGAGAAGAUUAGGCUGUUAGUCAACAACGCUGCUGCUGUACCUAGGCUUGGCAUUCAAGGGUAUGAAUGGUGGUCUGAGGCUCUUCAUGGUGUGUCCAAUGUGGGACCAGGGACCAAGUUCAGUGGGGCUUUUCCCGGGGCCACUAGCUUCCCUCAAGUUAUCACUACUGCCGCUUCCUUCAAUAAGUCUCUGUGGGAGGAAAUCGGACGGGUAGUUUCUGAUGAAGCAAGGGCAAUGUUCAAUGGAGGGACGGCUGGCUUGACAUUCUGGAGUCCAAACGUUAAUGUAUUCCGUGACCCCAGGUGGGGUAGAGGGCAGGAAACUCCUGGUGAAGACCCUGUUGUUGCUGGGAAAUAUGCUGCAAGCUAUGUUAGGGGACUCCAAGGUAACAGUGGUUUCAGACUAAAAGUUGCUGCCUGCUGCAAACACUACACCGCCUAUGAUCUUGAUAAUUGGAAUGGAGUGGAUCGGUACCACUUCAAUGCCAGAGUAAGCAAGCAAGACUUGGAAGACACAUAUAAUGUGCCGUUCAAGUCCUGUGUGGUGGAAGGGAAAGUGGCCAGCGUAAUGUGCUCUUACAAUCAAGUAAACGGAAAGCCCACUUGUGCUGAUCCUAAUCUCCUUAAAAACACCAUCCGUGGUGAAUGGCGUCUUAAUGGAUACAUUGUAUCAGACUGUGACUCAGUUAAGGUACUCUAUGAGAACCAACGCUACACAGCCACACCAGAAGAAGCAGCUGCGGCCACUAUUAAAGCAGGCCUAGAUUUGGACUGUGGCCCAUUCUUGGCUAUCCACACCGCGAAUGCUGUGAAGGGAGGAUUGCUAAAUGAAGAAGAUGUAAACAUGGCCUUAGCCAAUACAAUAACUGUCCAGAUGAGACUCGGCUUGUUCGAUGGAGAGCCAUCAGCCCAGCCAUUUGGUAAAUUGGGCCCAAGAGAUGUAUGCACUCCAGCCCACCAACAACUGGCUCUCCACGCUGCCCAACAAGGCAUUGUUUUGCUUCAAAAUCGUGGGCGGACCUUGCCUUUGUCCAGAACCAACCUUACUGUGGCAGCAAUUGGGCCCAAUGCCGAUGUCACCGUUACCAUGAUAGGAAAUUAUGCUGGUGUUGCAUGUGGUUAUACCACUCCUCUUCAAGGGAUUAGUAGAUAUGCUAAGACCAUUCAUCAAUCCGGAUGCAUUGAUGUGGCCUGCAAUGGGAACCAACAAUUCGGUAUGGCUGAGGCUGUAGCCAGUCAAGCCGAUGCUACUGUUCUUGUAAUGGGGCUUGAUCAAUCUAUGGAAGCAGAGUUUAGGGAUAGGAAAGACCUUCUCUUACCUGGAUACCAACAAGAACUUGUAUCAAGGGUGGCUAGGGCAUCAAGAGGUCCAACUAUAUUGGUGCUGAUGAGCGGUGGUCCAAUUGAUGUCUCAUUUGCUAAGAAUGAUCCUCGUAUUGGUGCUAUAUUGUGGGCUGGAUAUCCUGGACAAGCUGGUGGUGCUGCUAUCGCUGAUGUUUUGUUUGGAACAACUAAUCCAGGUGGGAAGCUGCCGAUGACAUGGUAUCCACAGGGCUACCUUGCUAAGGUGCCGAUGACAAACAUGGGAAUGAGAGCAGACCCUUCAAGAGGUUAUCCAGGUAGAACCUACAGAUUCUACAAGGGGCCUGUUUUGUUCCCCUUUGGGCAUGGAAUGAGUUACACCACCUUUGCUCACUCCUUAGUGCAAGCUCCACAGGAGGUUGCGGUGCCAUUUACAAGUCUCUACGCCUUGCAAAACACUACUGCUGCCAGGAAUUCGAUCAGGGUUUCGCACGCAAACUGCGAGCCCCUCGUAUUAGGCGUUCACAUCGAUGUGAAGAAUGCCGGAGAUAUGGAUGGAACUCACACGCUUCUCGUGUUCUCCAGUCCACCAGAAGGAAAAUGGUCAACAAACAAAAAACUGAUUGGUUUUGAAAAGGUUCAUCUAGUAGCAGGAUCUAAAAAACGAGUCAAGAUUGACAUUCCUGUGUGUAAGCACUUGAGUGUCGUGGACCGAUUCGGAAUUCGAAGACUUCCAAUCGGCAAACAUGAUCUUCACAUUGGAGAUCUUAAGCAUUCUAUUUCACUCCAAGCAAAUCUAGAGGAGAUCAAAUCCUAAUAACUCAUGGGAUACCGACAACUGCACGUUAGAUAAACAGAACAGAUAGGUAUUGUGAGUCUCAAUAAUUCAGAUGAGAAUAGGUAUUGAUUCCCGACUCGUUAAAGUUCGAAAAAACCAAAAAGAUCCGUGUGAAAAAAAAUUGGUCAAAGGUCUUCAAGCCAAGCACAUCGCCGGCUAAAAGAAAAUUGUCAACAUGUUUGUUUA